AUGCUGUUCCGGCUCGCAGGCCGCGCCGCCCGCGCGGGGCUGGCGCGCGACCAGCAGCUCGCCGACGGAGUCCGCGCCUCGUCCUCCACCGCCGGAAGGCCGGAGCUGAGCGCGCUCCGCGGCAAGGUGAUCGCCGUCCGGCGCGAGGACCAGUCCGUGUGGGAGCGGCGCGCGCCCCUGGCGCCCGCCAACGUGCGCCGGCUCACCCGCAUGGGCGUCAAGGUGCUGCUGCAGCCCUCCAACCGGCGCGCCUACCCGAUGCUCGCUUACCAAAACGCGGGCGCCGUCAUCCAGGAGGACAUCUCCGAGGCCAGCGUCAUCUUCGGCGUCAAGCAGGUGCCCAUCGACCAGCUGCUGCCCAACAAGACGUACUGCUCGUUCUCGCACACCAUCAAGGCGCAGGAGUCCAACAUGCCCAUGCUGGACGCCAUCCUGUCUAAGUUGUGUGUCUGGCCGUCAGUGACGACAAAGCUGUACGCGUGCGAGGUCCGGCGGCGGCACCACCUCGUCCGGAAGGAGGACGGCAAGUUCGAUCCCGAGGACUACGACAAGAACCCGUCCAAGUACAUCUCCACGUUCAGCAAAAAGAUUGCGCCGUACGCGUCCGUCAUCGUCAACGGCAUCUACUGGGCCGUGGACUCGCCCAAGCUGCUCACCAUCCCGGACGCCAAGCAGCUGCUGCAGCCCGCGCACACGCCCUGGCUGCCGACCUCGCCCGGCACGCCCGCGCUGCCGCACCGCAUGCUGGGCAUCUGCGACAUCUCGGCCGACCCCGGCGGCUCCAUCGAGUUCAUGAACGAGUGCACGACCAUCGACAACCCGUUCUGCCUGUACGACGCCGACCGCAACAAGGACACGGCCAGGUGCGUCCAACGACCGCAAUUAGCGUAUUAUUUGUACUUGUUCGGGCGCUCUUUAUAAUUGUCGGGGAACACACACAGAACACCUGACUCCGGGGCCUAAAGAGGAGCAAACAUACGGAACGCCUUCCUGGGUGACUGGCAGCCAUGAGGGGCUGUCCAUAAACCACACGGGCAGAGGAAGGGGUGCUAGGUUGAUGUUAUACAUUUAUUUGUACCCAAGAGAGAUGGGCACAAAAAUGACAAGAAGGCAUACCGAACUAUUUCACUACUUCCGGUAUGCGACAUUUUCGAGAUGAAUAAAGAUAGUAUUUCAUUCGAUCCCCAUAUUGUAAUUCCA